AUGGACCCAGAUAAACAAGAUGCUCUUAACAGUAUUGAGAAUUCCAUUUAUAGAACAGCCUUCAAAUUACGAUCGGUGCAAACUCUCUGCCAAUUGGACUUGAUUGACAGCUCCCUGAUUCAGCAUGUCCUACUGCGGCCACAUUUCCGGGAAGCCAGGGAGCACUCGCUGUCUGUGCAGCAGCUUUUUCAGGUACUGCAAGAGCUGUUUCAGAGAGCCAGGGAGGACAAGCCAGGACGGGUGCAUCCCAGAGCCUCCGAACUCACUCUCAGCCUUCUCAUUACAAUGUACGACAGCACAGGAACAGGUUUUCUCCAGCUGGCACCUGUGGCCACUGCCCUCAUCGCCCUCUCGGGGGACAGCCCUCAUACAAAAUACAGAGCUCUUUUUCAGCUCUAUGCAGAAACUAGCAGAGGAGGUUAUGAUUCUGGGUUACGCAUGACUCGAAGGGUUUUCAGAAACCUGCUAACAGACCUACAGCAGAUCCCAACUGUCGUGGGGGAGAGUCGUGCUCUGUGCUCUGUGGAAAGUGCCACCCGCAGCUGUUUCCAAGGGGUAUUAAGCCCAACAAUCAAGGAAGAGAAAUUUCUAUCUUGGGUGCAGUCUGAACCCCCCAUCCUCCUGUGGCUGCCAACCUGCUACCGAUUAUCAGCCACUGAAAUGGUCACUCACCCUGUCCGGUGCAGCGUCUGCAGGACCUUUCCAAUCACAGGACUGAGAUACCGCUGUCUGAAGUGUCUGAACUUUGACAUCUGCCAGGUGUGUUUCUUGUCUGGUCUUCACAGCAAGUCCCACCAGAAAUCUCAUCCUAUAAUUGAGCACAGUGUUCAGAUGUCAGCGAAGGAGAACACAAAACUCCUCCUGAGGUCCCUCAGAAACAACUUGCUCCAGGGGCGCUGGAGGUGGAAAGAAGCUAUGAAAAGGCAGUGGCUGCUGGACCAGGUGAAUCCGAAGGACAAGGCUGACCACACGAAGGCCAGGCUCCUUAAGAAACAGUUAAACGGAUACAAAGACAAGUUGCGAGUGAUGUUCGCCUCCCAGGAAGAGAGAAGUUGCCGGUUUGAAACAAAGAUUCAGGAACUCACUAUCAACCAAGAUAGUCUACGAACCAAGCUACAGAAGAUGGGACAGGACCUGCAGGCGAUGUUGCAGCCACUCCAUCCUUCAUCUUCUUCCAGUCAAAAUUCGGCAUCCAAGGUUGACCAUUCUUCAGCUGAAAGGUUUGGAGAGGGAGGAGACUCUUUCCAGAUCAAGAACUCCCCUGAGGACGGUGCAGCAUGGAAACCUCUUCCUAACCCCACCAACGUGGACAGAAGUCACAGAAAUCAAGCAAAUGCUGAGCAUGGACUUCCAAAUUCAGCAUCACCAGAGGCCACUGUGCAAAGCAUCGAGGCACAAAGCCAAGCACAAAAGAUGCCAAAGGAAAUGCUUAGCUCCCCAUCCAUUUGUCAGGAGGGACCACCGCAGGACACCCUCCAAAUGGCUCCUGCUGAAAUGAGCAGUCCUGCUCUGGCACCCACAGAAAGGAAAGAAACAAGUAUCAUCACAAAGAAAAAGGAUGAGCUGGAAGAAGAGGAAAUGCAAGAACUAUUGUCAAAACUUGUGGAUGCCUUCAAUCUAGAAACACCAUCAGGUCAACAGUCUUCAGUGAACAUGGACCUCUAUUGUGGAGCUGAGCGGGUGUGCAAGGCCUUCUCUGCCCUUGUUGAUCAAAUCACCUUGCCCAACUGGAAGUGA